AUGAGCCUCAUUGAGUCAGACUUCUCUGAUGAUGACCAAGAGAUAGAAGAUGGAACAAAUGAGACAGAUGAGCAGACUCUACAAAAAUUGCAAAUACAAGAGAGCGAGAGUGAAGUAGAUGACACCAAGCCAAAAAAGAGGACCAGGCCAGUGAGGUCAAAGGCCAGGCGGACAGCUGCCAAUGUCAGAGAAAGAAAGAGGAUCCUGGACUACAAUCAGGCCUUCAAUGCGUUACGACUGACCCUUAAACAUGACUUGAGUGGGAAAAGACUAUCUAAGAUAUCAACUUUGAAGAGAGCAAUCAAUCGGAUAUCUACUCUGUCCAUGUUCCUGCAUUCAAGCUCAGAGCAAAAAGGGGCCUGCAACCACACAGAAUGCCAUCUUCAACAUGAAAGGCACAGCCAGCCAGAGAUUAAUCAUGGUAGUCCUCAGGCCUACAUAACGCCACCUCAGUCUCACCAAGAUGUACACUCAGAGUUCAGCUAUGGGGAGACUGCACAUCUUCAGCAAAGCCACUCUCCUUACUAUACUAGACAUUCACCCGAGGCUACUUAUUUACAGUGCCAAUAUGGAAGCCCAGCAGAGGAUAAUUCAAUGCCAAGCUCCCCUUACUCUUACUAUUCACAUAGUGGCUACAGCAUCGGAGUAAGGGGCACCUGCUUCCCUAACCAGAUGGACAAUCUUUCAGAGCAUUCUCCCGGACCAUUUGCAUGGCAGUUUGGUUACUUACAAGGAUCAUCAGGCUUUCAGCAUUCUCUCUCCACGCACUAA